UACAGCCUGGGAAUCUAUACAGAUACAUGCACAACUCCACCAUAAAUCGUCGAACAAUAUUCAACGAAAAUAGUGUUCGUUUGUGUAAGAUGGAGAUACUUUACGGGACUCACAUCGACAGGGAGAUUGAAUCGCUCAUUGAAAGAAUCCAUCCACCCAGGGUCUGUAUAGACAAUGAUUCCUGCAGCGAUUGCACAGUGGUGAAGAUUGACAGCGCAAACAGGCAUGGGAUAUUGUUGGAGAUGGUGCAGGUGUUGGCAGAGCUUGAUCUCGUCAUUUCCAAAUCAUACAUUUCUUCUGAUGGUGGAUGGUUAAUGGAUGCGUUCCACGUGACGGAUCAGUUUGGACACAAGCUUACUGACAAAGGCCUCGUCCAUUACAUUCAGCAGGCUCUGUGUGAAGCUACAAGCAGCAAAGGAAUUUCAAGCGACAUAGAGCUCCGAAGUUGCAAUGAACUACCAGGAUCCAAAGUGUUGGUGUCAGCGUCGAACUUUGCCAUAGAGUUGACCACGAGGGACAAACCAGGCCUGUUUGUAGAUAUAUCAACUGCUCUACUGGGCCUGGGCUUCAACGUCAGCUCCGCAACGGCCUGGACCCACAACGAAAGGGCAGCCUGCAUUAUCCAUGUGGAGGACGCAAACAAUCUUGGGCCAAUCCACGACGCGGAAAGUUUGGCCCACUUGCAGGACGAGCUCCAGAAUGUUGUCAAGGCCCAAGACGGGGAGGAGGAGAAGAAAAGAGUGAGGCUGAGGCUGAGGAGCUUCGCUGCUGGUCGCAACCAUACGGAGCGGCGACUUCACCAGAUGAUGCACGCCGACGGGGACUACGAGAGGUGCGGCACGUGCCAGGGCGAAAAGGAGAAGGGACGUGAGGGGAUAGAGGUGUCAGUGGGAAGGUACGCAGAGAAAGGGUACUGGGUGGUGAACGUGAGGAGCAGGGACCGCCCCAAGCUUCUGUUUGAUACUGUCUGCGUCCUCACCGACAUGCAGUACGAGGUGUUUCACGCCACCGUUAGCUCCAACACCUCCAUGGCCGACCAGGAGUACUUCGUAAGACGAAAAGGUAGUUUGGUUUUGGAGAAUGAAAGCGAGAGAGAAAAGCUCGCCUUGUGUUUAAUCGCUGCCGUAGAGCGCAGAGUCUGUCAUGGAUUGAAGGUGGAGAUUCGCACUGAAAACAGAAUUGGACUUCUCUCAAAGGUGACGCGUGUGAUUCGUGAGAAUGGACUAUCAAUAGCAAAGGUGGAAAUAGGAGUAGAGGGUGAGACAGCAAUAGGAUCAUUCUAUCUUACAAAUUGUUCAGGCGAAGACGUAAACCCUAAUAUACAAGAGUUGGUGAGAAUACAGACUGGUGGUUCCGUUAUUGCAAAUUACAUCUCACCCUAUAGAGUCCCUAAACCUAUGUUAUCAUGCAGUAGAAGUAGCAUGCAUGAAAGCAAGAGUAGUUCACAGGUUAGACCAAAACUUUCUCUUGGAAGCAUGCUAUGGUCUCAGCUGGAGUGCCUCACCAAUAAUUUCCGCCCCCUUAAAUAACUAGUGCAGAUCAUUGUAAGUAUAUUAGUUACCGCACGUGUGCAAUACACACGGAUUGUCUUUUUGUUCACUAUAUAGGAAUCAAUUCAUACGUAUAGAAAUCAUAUACGAGUAUGUGUGUGGAUAAUUCAUACCAAAC